AUGAACGGUGUUGAUAAGCUGGAGCACAGAGUCAGAAUAAGCCUGGAGGCAGUCAACACCCUAAGUCUUGAGAGGAUUCGUGACUACCUGGAGUCCGAAGUUUGCGAUCGCAACUCUCGUGCAUGGACUGAUCCAAUGUGUCUUGUUUUCCAGCGUGAAACCGAAGAUCAGGACUCCGGAUAUGGCCAGUAUAAGCCCGACAUGCCAACAAGAAGACGUUCAAAUCUUUCUGACUCCCCACUGGAAGCUCUGGAAAUCCUCUGCCGCUCUCGCUUGUUAACGCAGUCGCUCAUCGGUCCCAUGAUCUGCUCCGCUAGCAACGCACCGAUCAACGGCCCAAGAAAGAAAAGACCUUGA